CUCUCUUGAAAAAGAGGAGGAUGAAGACGAAGAAGACGCUCAGUCGUCGUUCGCUGGGUCGUUGCUCGACUUUAUAGAGUCAUGGCUUCUCACAGUCAGAGGCACGCACUAUUGGCAACGAUUCUAAUCACUAUUUGUUUAGAUGUGUCAUCGAUCGUCGCCGCUGCCGCUGCCGCCAUGUGGAAUCCGAAAACAUCUAGGUACGCGGGUGGUUACAACCUGGGCGAGGGACCGGUGUUCUACGAGGCGUACUAUCCGGAUACUCGCGACGAUCGUCCGGAGAAACGCUACUUUGGCCGAAAUACGGUACUGGAGACGAGUUUUCAGGUGCCCUUGGAACGCUUCGCCUACUCGGCCGAGACCGGCCCGGAUCACCCCAUCUCGAUCAACGAAUCGUUCGUCGUUGUGGACAACGCGGGGACUUUGCCGAGAGAAGAACGGAGAGCGGUAAUAUCUCGGCGUAAUUACGACGCGAUCACGAGUCCACUUGCGCCUCUUCCCGACGAACGUCCGACCAUACGCGUCGACGAUGAGGAACCGCGGGUUGCGAAUAUCGAGGAAAUUUCCAAGCUCGUUAGGAGGGCGAUUUCACGCGAUCUCGAAAAUUGGAAUGCUCUCGAGGGAUAUCUCGAUCGUACGAUCCAUCAGGAUGGACCUCGGCUGGGAAUGCACGGAGCUCAAGAUUCGCCGGAUCAACGGCCGUCGAUUCUCGAGGUGUCGUUGCCUGGAUUGUCUAGAUUGCCUCGAAAAUUGGACGGAAAACAACGACCUAUAUAUCUCGAGGAGGUCGAUACGAAUGCAAGUACUGCAGCGACGAGCGAAACGAGAGUCGGCGGGGCGCGAGCUGUUGAUACACCACCGCCGAUCGACGUUAUCUCCGACUCGUUACCUUUGGAAAACAUUUUUCAGCCGCGGCCUCAAUUGAUCAAAUACACGUUUUUCAAGAGACCAGCGUCUCGGCGGCUCGCGCACGCGCGCGACAAACAAGACGAGUCUACGACGAGUCUACCACAGACCACCGUUGGCAAUCUCGUUCGUGAAGAGAACGUCAAAGUGACGUCCAUCGAAGUAAGCGAAUUGCCGCGGCACAAAACGCGCCAUCGUCACGGUGAAUGGCCCAAACGAGAUUAUUCCGUUCGUCGCCGCUCGCGACCCACUCAUCAUCCGACUGUCUCAUAGAAACGAAACGUAAUUGUAAUUAAUCAAUUUAUACCUCAUAUAGCUUCUUCCGCCCUCUAUCGCUACAUACAUUUACAUACAUGUAAGUCAGUAAGUGUAUCAUUAAGCAAUACUGACACACUGUACCGUCUCAAACUAUUUAUUGAAUAUAUACCAUUGAAUAUACAUGCA